AAUUUUCUCAAUAAGACAACCAACAAAACAUAACACAAACACUUUCUUCCUCUCCAUUCACUUCUUUCUCCUGAACUAAUUUCAGCCUUUGAUUUUGCUUCACAAAUCCUCCAUGUUUAGUUUCUUUCAGUUUGGUAGAUAAAGGGACCUCAUAAAUCUAGCAUUCUUUCUCUUUGUUAAGUUCAAAUCCAAAAUUCUUCUUGUCUAUCCCCCAUCAGGAUCUUUCACAACUUUGGUCAUUUCUCUUUUGUUUUAGUUACUUCCAAAUUCUUUUCUGUAAAGUCCUUUUCUUUUUAUAUUCCAUUUCAUGGUUAUGGCAGCCUCAUCAAACACUAGCCUGAAACAAAAUUUAUCAUCAGAAAUCAACAGUAACAACAAUCUUCGAAAUGUUUCAUUCUCUUCCUACUUGAGCAACGCGGAGGAAACCUUUGUGGAUGAACUUGCAGAAUCGAAUAAGAAACUAAUAGGUCAAGCUUUGGAAGGGAUUCAUUUUUCAUCAUCAGGAAGAAAGAAAGUAGCUGAAGAUGGAGAAAUUGGAGUAUUUAGUGCAGAGAAAUACUUCAAUGGAGUAAUAGAUGAGGAUAGUCCAAGAAUUACAAAAAUAAUUCCAAGAAAGUAUCAGCAGCCUAAAAAAGAAGAAAUAAGUAAUGAUCAUAUAGUUCCUGCAAAACCCGCAGUAAAUAUUCAACCUGCAACGCCAAAAGUGAAUAUUCAACCUGCAACGCCAAGUGUUGUAUCUGAGUCGAGCAGGCAUAGCCAAACUGCGCUGUUGCACAACUUUGUCCAAAGAAAGACAUCCUCAAGAAAAGCAAACAAAAGCGGUAGGAAUUUUCUUGCUGGUCUUGGCUGCAAAUGUUAUUGUUCCGAUAAAGAUUCUAUUGAUGUUGAUGAUGAACAUGUUGGCGAAAUCAGUUUCAAGAAAAGUCCUAAUCCUGCUGCUUUGUUUCAAGGCAAGUCAGUAAUCACAAAACCAGUGAUUAAAACUAGUCUUGACGAACUUGAUCAGACAUCACUCUCAGACGAAAUUCAUUCCAAGAAUGGAAUAAAAAAGGAUACCUGUUUUAGUUUCCCAACUUCAACUACUUCAAAUAAUUCUUUCUCAUCAGUAAGAUUUCAAAUUCAGGAAAAACAAGUACUAAAACCGCGAAAAUCACUAGAAGUCUUUGGAUCUCCAGUAAAUGACGACAAGCGAAGCAAAUCUUUCAGAAUUGAAAGAAGAUUAUCAAUGUUAUCGUGGGAUACAACAAAGAAUCCAAAAAUGGAAGAAAUAGACUAUUCUGCUACUUCAGGCGGUGGAAUUUACAAUGACAAUGAAAGCGAUGCAAGUUCAGACUUGUUUGAAAUCGAAAGUCUCUCCGGAAAAGUCACACCAUAUCUUGCAAGACAAAAAUCAGAUGUCACUUCUGGUUGUGUUACCCCUACAACUUGCUAUGCACCAAGUGAGGCUAGCAUUGAAUGGAGUGUUGUCACUGCAAGUGCUGCAGAUUUUUCUGCUAUGUCAGAUUAUGAAGAAUUUAGGCCUCCACCGGGUCCAUUAAGUCCUAUCAAAACUUUUGCUAUAAAUAAUAACUUAAACACAAGAUUUCUAUCUAGCAAGGAAAUCAUUCCAACGUGCCGCCCUGGCAUUUUCUUGGGGUGUAAUAGUCAUAAAGCUGUAAGAGUUGCAGGUGAUGGUUACACACCAAAUGACAAGACCAAUUUUGAUCCUCGAGUAAUGCAUUCCUACAUGCCAGUCGCAAAGUGUCCUGCUGAAACUAAGUUAUUGAUGGGCUUUGAUCACAGACAAAGGCAACAUGGCUUUACCAGCUCUCAUUCACUCCCUCGCUCACACCCAUCGCAAAGUUCGCAUCUUUUGUACAUUCAAUAAUUAAUUCUACCUUUAAUUUCCCAAUGUCAGUUAAUUUCAGUUAUGUGUUCUUUGUUUUGUGAAAUAAAGCUAGCUAGUACUGGUAGUUAUCAGCAUUUUACACUUUCAGUUCUAGCGUGUAAGUUUCUAAGGAAAUUAAAAGCGUGUUUCGGGAUCUAUGAGUAUUUUGCUGUGUUAUUGGUACUAAAUUUUGUAAACAUUAAUGUUUUUGUC